AUGACGCUCCUCCAGCGAUGUGAGUGCUCCUUGGGAGGCUUCCUAGCACUGGAUCUGUUCAAAAUAGUAGCGGACAGACUUUGCAAAGAAAGAAAUGCUCCCACAGGCAGCUUCUUCUUGGCCAAGCAAACCAUGCUGAAUUUGCAGGCGACAGCAUUGACGACGGUCGUCAUUUGCGUUACUAAAGAAGCGGGAUGGUCUCCUUGGGUGUAUGGCUUCCAGCGAUUGUCCGAGCAAGCCAUUGAACAGCACUUUGGGCAUUUGAGAUGUCAGGCAACAAAUGCCCAGCUCAGCACAAGAGCAUAUUGGAUGGCUUGUGCCAGGACUCUCAUGAAGACCAACGAGGAGCUCAAUCGCAGCAAGAAGGCGAAGGUCAGACAAGAGCCACACCUUUCAGAUGAAGAGUUCCGAGCUUGCUGCCACAGGGCUUUGGAAGGAGCAUUGAACCUGGUGUCUACAUGCAGCGGCAUCCCAAGCAAGCAGCUGGAGCAGGUUUACCGUGAGCUGUGCUCUGAGACUGCUGGUGAGAGUUUCUUCGAAUUGAGCCAUGACAUGGACUAUGAUGAAGAAAUGGAAGACCUUGAGAUCUGCCUUGAUCAGCCACCAGCAGAUUGCAUGGGCUUUCUCACCCAGCUGCAGGAUGAAACCAAGUUGCUCAAGGGUGAGGAUGAUGAGAAGAUUCCGACGCGUCAGGACGACAAGAUGCCAGACCUUCGGCAUGUGCCAGAUAGCGAGCUACUCCGUGAAGUUCUGUCAGCCAGUUCUGCCACAGACCCAUUCCGCAUGGAGAACAGCUGCUCUCCAAAGAAGAGAAAGGAUCUGAACACUUUGCCUACCACGCUCCUCGAGGCCUUGAGCUUGGGACAGCGUGGAUGUGUUUUCAACAGUUUGUUCCGGCUGGCCGUUUUCCUUCGAAGUGGUGUGGGAGGAUCCGAUUGUGGCUGGCUACAGAACCCGAAAAAUUGCAGGUACAAUGAACACCGCCUUGCACAAAUGGAGGCAGAAAAGGCAGAACCUGCGUACAGAAGCAGGGCGGGCCGAUUGGACAAGUGGAAAGAGCUGGUCAGGAAAGCGCAAGAGGAUUUGGAGUUGCCGCCGAAUCCACCAGAAAGCGUGCAGCCGUUCGACAACAAUGGCUUUCUCCGGGUGUACCUGACAGAGAAGAGUGGAGAAGCACUGGCCAGGGUUGAGUCCAUGAAGCUUUGGCUGGUCCAGCCAGCUAUGGCACGAGGCCGCAAGCGUGUGGGCACAGGGGAGGUGAAGGCGAAGACCACACGGGCCUAUGGUCGCCGUAGGCGCAAGCAUCAGUACAAAGCAGGUCCAGAUGGCAAGCCUGUUUUGGUCAAAAAGAACAAGAAGAAGCAGAAGAGGGUGAAAAAGGAGAAAGCAAAGGUUGUCACGGACGAUCCCAGUGCCGCGGAUUUCCGAAGGUCUGCUAAAGGGGCUAAACUCAUCCAGCAAGAGCUGAAGGAGUUGCGGAACUUAGACAGCAGCAGUUUUCCAACUCACCCAAUCUUUGAGCUCUCCGGCAAGUGCCGCAUGAAGUACCCUGCGGCAGCUUACGUGUCCUUUGAGGACGUGGUGGAAUAUGGCCCAGCAUGUGUGGACAUGAUGUCUCCAGAUCUUCAAGGAUUGGAGAUCUCCAUCAGGUCCAGCGGAAUGGUCCAGAGGUCGACUGGAAUGGAAGAGGAGGAUAUGGAGGAAGAGAGGACCCGCGUGGGGAAGAUGGUCGCCAUCCUCGACACUUGGAAGAACCCGGUCUACCUGGGACGUGUGUGGACCAUCUAUGAGCAGUUUAUGGCUCGGUCCUUAGACAUCCCUGUGACCUUUGCCAUGCCUGAGUCCUCAAACCAGUCCUUGCAAGAGCAGAUCUCACGUGGGGACUUGGGCAUCCGGGAAAUCACCGAGUCCCUGAGCUCCAUCGAUGUGCAACACGCCAAGGCUUGGGAUCCUCAAGAUGAGAUUGCCGUGAAGGGAGUCAUCCAGGCCAGCACUCCGGACUUCUCCUACGUGAACAAUCAUGUCACCCGGGUCAUGGUCAAAUGGAUCGGAGAGGUGGUCAAGGAGCAAUUUCAGCGCCUGAUCGAUGGUACUCGAGAGCAGAGGAGUGGCAGUGUGACGACAGUCGUCAGCUCGUGUGGGGCUGACUUGGAAUGA